AUGUCUGUAUGUUAUGUAGAUGUAUUUUGUGGUGGGAGUCAAGAUGGCAAAUUGAGAGUAUGGGAUGCUCGUAAUUUCAAUAGAUUAGUUCAAGAUAUUCCUAAAACACAUGGUAAAUAUAGAAUGCCAUAUUACAUAUACAUUUUUAUUGAAUUAUGCAAGUAAAUCAACAAAAAAUUGUUUAACAUGUUUUUCAGUUUACACAUAAUACUAAAACCAACUAUUUAUUUUGUUUUAUUAAAUUUUAGGUUAUAGCAAAACACGUACUAUUGGUAUGGGACUAAGCUGUGUUAUAUAUCUGAAUAGUAAUUCAAUUAUAACCUGUUCUACUGACGAUUGGUAUGUAUACAUAUCGCACAAUAAUAAAAUAUAAUGUAAAUUACAUUUACAAUAACUUCUUUUUUUAUAGUGAAAUAAAGGUAUGGGAUUUACGAAAAACCUUUCGCUGUGCUCAUAGAAAUGUUAAACCAUUACCACUCAAGAAAUAUUAUUGUAGCAAUCCAAUGUUAAUUGACAUGCAAUUAAAUCCACAAUCCUCAUUGUUAUAUGCAAGUGUGUACGGCAGUGAUAUUCUUUGUUUUUCAUUGAAUUCUACACAAAGAAGUAUAUACAUUUCUUCUAUAUUUCAUAUUAUCUUCCUUCCUAUAUUACCUCUUAGCUUUUAUUUGUCAUGUAUUGUUAGUACUAACAACUCAAGAUUUCGGUAUCAUAAAAUUAACUUUUAUUUCGUUUUUUCAAUAAUGGUAGGCAUCAUAAAUAUUCAAAAUAUACACUUGUCAUAAAAUACGUACUGGCAAUAACUUAAUUCGCAUUAAAAAUUAUUAAAAUUAUUGAUUGUAUAAGUGUAUAUUAUAGUAUAGUAUAUUAGUAUAUUAGGUAUAAUAUUGUGUGAAACAAUAAUAUAUUUCACUAUAGUUUUCAUUGACGUAAUGAUUAACCAGUGAAAUAGAAUAGAAAUAGAAUUAAUUUUAUAUAUUAGACAUUUGUAUACAUAUAUCUUACAAUUAGAUUUAUUAUAAAAGCCAUGUAUUCAUGAGAAAAAUAAAAAUCAUUAUAUGUCCAUAUACCAGGUGAUCCAUUAAGGUGGGUACACUCUUUAUCUUGGAAAAUAUUAGAUUUUUCCCCCGAAUCUGUUUUCUCAAACAUUUAUGAAAUAAGUUGCUCUAGAGUUUUUUUAUUUAUGUUAUUUUUGGUGCUAAAAGUAGUGGUGCAUUAUUAACAACCUAACCUAACUGCCACACAAAUGAUAUUCUACUACUCUCUGCCAACCCAAACUUAAAAGUGGAAUAUCUCAACAAUGGAUUGAUGGAUAUCAAAAACGUCUCCACUAAAAUUUCUUUUAACUGAUCCUUCAUCUAGUUAUGGACUUUUCAUAUAGGUUGCUAUUUGAAAAUGAAAAGUAGGUAGUGGUUUCAUCCCCAAAUAUAAGCUUGACAAGAAGUGGAGUAGCUUCUUGCUUUAAUGUUCUAGAUCACAAAUUCUGGAAAAAUGUAAUACUUUCUGACAUAAUGAGUGUACCACUUAAAUUUAUCACACAGUGUAUAUCAGUAUAUGGUAGGGUUGAUGAUUUUUGGUUAUACCAGUUAUUAUUGGUAUAAUGAUGAUUGCCUAAACACCAAUUAUAUGGUAUACCACAGUACUAAAUAACACACACCAGAUAACUGUUAUAUCAGUACAUACCAACAAAUUCACCAUUCUCCGAUAAUUGAUUUAUAGAGCUCAAAUACCUCUUGAAUUAAAUUAUCUUUAUUAUCAUUGGAGAUAUUCAGGGGAUACAUCUUUGUGGACAGACCGUAUUUGUCUGUAUUAAGUACGUGGCUUUGAUUAAAUACAUUUUUGACAGUAUAUUUUUCAGUUAAAAUACUGUUCGGAUAAAACCUUCAGACUGGUUUUUUUCAUUUGGUCACUUUUUACAUGACUGGGACAAUAUAAUAAAAAUAUUAACACAACAAUAGUUUACUCCAGCAGNCGCAUCCUGGUAUCCUAAUACCACAAUUUCAGUAACAUCAGCCGUAGUAUAUAGUGGAUAGCCACAAUUUUGAUUUGACAUAUCUAUUAUAUGAACUAGAGGUAUUUGUUAUAAUUUAUGUUUAAUCAAAUUUUUUUCAGCUCCCAUACAUCAGUAUACAGGUCGCCACUUAAAUUCUAUGUACUCGAAAAUUAGUAUUAGUCAUGAUGGCAAGUACAUUUUUAGUGGAUGUUCACAAAAUAGUGGAGUUAUAUGGACUACAAAAUUACCACAUAUAAAAGAACCUAUAUUUGAAUUAAAUCGAAAAGUAAAAUAUAAACCUACAUACAGUUAUGUGUUUGAUCAAGAAUUAGGUGUUUCAGACUGGUGUUCAGAUUCAAGAACUCAUCCUAAAGUAAGUUUUUCUAUUAUUAUUAAUUGAAACUUUUAGUUUAACAUGUAGAAAUAAAUUUUGGUCAUUGUAUACUUAAUCUUUUUUUUUUUUUUAAAAACACUAAAAAUUAUACAAUCACUUAGCAUAAAACUCAGAAAUGAAUACAUGACUUAAAUUAUAGAGUCAAUUGAAUACCGAAUUUAUUUUUAAAUCAUAUUUUAAAGAGUUCUGGGGAAUGA